CUGCUAACUGAAAUUAAGCUACAUCAUAAGCUAGCUAUAAGCUUAAAUUGACAUGUAGAAUACCAUCUUGACUAUAUCAAGGCUGGCGAAAGAGUACUGUAGAUAGCAAUUUUGACAUGUUAUAAAUCAAGUUUCACUAACACACACACACACUCUCUCUCACCCUUACACACACGCACACACACUUCCCACCUGCUCUCUGCCUCUCCCCGCUCACUCUCAUCACAGACAUCCAAAAUGGCGGCAGCCUCAUCCAUCCAGCCGCCGAGCUUCCACUCCUCUCUUGUCCCGGAGAGUCCACUUUCUCCGACGAUGAACAGCCCCGAGAGCCAGCAGCCGGAGGACGAAGAGGCGGCGGCGGCGGCGGCCGCGGCUACAGCGCAGCCCUCGGAGCCAUGGACAAGCCUCCGUGACUUGCCGGAGCUGGAGCCGGAGGAGAUAGAGAAGAGGCUCGCCAAAACUCGCCAAGAACUCAGCAACAGGAGGAAAAUCCUCAUUAAGAACCUCCCGCCCGAUACAACAAACCAGGAGGUCCAUGAAAUCCUAAAAGAGUAUGAACUAAAAUACUGCUUUGUUGAUCGCAAUAAAGGCACAGCCUUUGUGACUUUGCUGAACGGGGACCAGGCUCAGGAUGCCAUCCGCUCCCUCCACCACAGCACUGUCCGGGGACGCCUGAUCAGUGUCACCCUGCAGCCAACAGACUCCCUGCUUUGCCUCACCAACCUGCCCCACACCUUCACUUCCCAGCAGUUUGAGGAGCUGGUACGUGCCUAUGGAAACAUCGAGCGCUCCUUUCUGGUGUAUAGCGACCUGACUGGCCACUCCAAAGGCUAUGGAUUUGUUGAGUACAUGAAGAAGGACUCUGCUUCGCGGGCCCGUUCUGAGUUGCUGGGACGACCACUGGGGGAUCGCUCAUUGAUGGUGCAAUGGAUGGAUGUCAACCAACUGAGCCAGGAAGAGAACCUGCAUUCCAAGUGCGUGUGUGUGGACCGUUUGCCUUUGGACCUCUGUGAUUCUGAAGAAAUGACCCAAAUCUUCUCAGAAACCUACAAACCUGUAUUCUGUCAGCUUGCUCAAGAUGAGGGCAGCCCGGUGCGAGGCUUUGGUGUGGUGGAGUACGAGAGUGCAGAGCAAGCAGAGUCGGUGAUGAUAGAGAUGGACAGAAAACUGGUGGGAGGACAGGAGGUCCGUCUUUCACUCUGUACCCCUGGCACCUCAGGGAGAAGCACCCUGGCCGCACUUAUCGCCGCGCAGGGUAUGAUUCUAAGUAACAGGAAGGGGCUGCUACCGGAGCCGAACCUAGCUCAGCUGUUGACCAGUAUGACAAAUCCUGCCGCUUUGCAAAUCCUCAUGAGACCUUAUCACACUGGGAAAAGAGGAGGGAAGUACGGUCGUCACGCCCAUCUGCCAUUCCUGAGACCUCCACUGACCACAGCUCUUCUUACGCUUGGAAAAGCGCAUCAGAGGGCCAUGCUUGGCAAUGGACUCGUUCUUCAGAACCUCUUGCACAUGCAGCUGGCUCAGCAGCAGCUAUUACACAUCAAGGACAAGUGCAUCAGCAGCGCCUCCAGCCUUCUGGGAGAUCCAUCAAGGUUGCUGAUACAGAAAGCAUUACCUCUGCGGCCUCCAGGCCUGGUAACACUUGGCAAAGGCCUCCUGGGAGACUCUCCCUCAGAAUUAGGCCAGGAGCCUAUGCCGGCAUCAACCCACAAUGCCGCAGUGGUGGUGUCAGCAGCAGGUGUGAUGUCCUAUCUCCAACCUCGAGCUGACGGAGGAAAACCAAAUGCCAUCCAAUCUAUCUGCACAACUUCAGCUUCCUCUUCGUCCUCCGCCACCUCUUCUUCCUCCUCCACCAGCUCUGGUGAUAGACAGCCCGUCCCUGCAGGGAGUGUACUUCAGGGACAGCACUACUCUUUGGGAUUCAGUAACUCAGGCUUGGGUACAGCUCCACCUAAACCCCCAGGAGGAGUUUAUCCAUCCAUGGGGCAUCACAGCGGUACAGAUGGCUCCACACAAGCCAGCCUGGUAAGCAAUGGUCAGAGUUCUCUGCUCGGAGACCCGCCUAAAGAUGUCAGACUGCCCUCUAAUCCUUACCUUAAUCUGGCCAGCGUAAUGCCAGGGAUGGUUCUGCAAGGGUCUCUGGGCAGUAAACCCCAGGGAGGGCAGCCCGGCUCGGCUAUGUACAGCAACACAUCGGCCCCCAUUGUCUCCCAGGGUAGUGGCUCCUUCUCCCACAGUGCAGCCGCUCCCACAACAACCCCAUACAGCACUGAUGCUUCCACUGACUACAGCCAGUACAACCAGGCAUACACACAGGAAGCCAUGCAGCAGUGGUACCAGCACUACCAAACAGCACAAGGAUACAGCUCUGCAACACCGCAGGAAAGCACAGCCACUGAUUACAACAAGGACCACACACAGGUUCCACCGGUUUCCAACUAUGGUGAUUACAAUUCCUAUAUGCAGACAGUCACUCAGUACUACUCUCAGUCCACAGCGGCGCAGGCCUAUGCCAACAAGUCUCUAGGCGUCUCCCUGCAUGCUGUCAACAAUGGCGUGGCUCCUCCCCCGGCUGUCCUACCGCCUGCCGCCGUGCUGCCAGCCUAUGGCACCCUGCCUCUAAUGCCCGGCUUCAUUGGUGCGCCACACCCAGCGGCGGCCACGUCAAGUCCCGUCACGCACCCACACGCUUCCGCCACAGAUUGGAACACCUACUAUUAUAAUCAGACCCGGGGCCAUAAGAGGGAGUACCCCCAGUUGGCAGUGCAGGACGUGACAUCAUCAGAUGGUGGCUACAUUGGGCAGCACUCCCAAGGCCUUGGGGGGCAGUAUGCUGACUAUUUCAAGAGAAAGAGGCUCUAGGAUGAAGCAAACCCUCUCAGACUCUCACUCGGGGGUCUGUGGUCACAGCUCCCUCUAGUGGCUUUUUUGUGGCUGUACCAAUCUUUUAGGCGCAAUAGAUGGCUCAUGUAGGAGCACACCACAAUACUUCUAUUUAAUAUUUGCUUUUGUCGCGUUCAAGCCUUAACACCUAACUAAAUUGUUGAGGGGUUUUUUUUGUGGGGGGGUCAGAUUGUCAACUAUACUAGUAUUACCUUGUGCAAGUCUGACAUAAUGCAGGGGUGUCCAAAGUGUGGCCCAUGGUUAAACAAGAAAACAGCAGCAAAAACUAAAAAUAUAAAAGCAGUCAUUUUGCAAGAAUAAAGUUACAAUAUUAGGAAAAAAAAAAUAGUCAUCUUACGGGAAAAGAAGUGAGAAUAAAGUCGGAAUAUUCUGAGGAAAAUGUUUCCAAUGCAUAAAAUUAAAAAAAUAUAUUUUGUCACAUUUUAAAAUUAAUAAGAAACGAAAAAAGCAAGAAUGAAGUUGCAAAUUUUGGAAAAUUUGGUUGUGGGUAAAUUUAUGAUAUUGCGAGAAUUAAGUCAUAAUAUUGCGAGAAAAAUGUGUUCUCUUAAAGGGAAUAAAUUGUCAUUUUAUGAACAUAAAGUCAGAAAAUAUGUCAUUUUUAGAGGCUAUAUACAGUAGUAAUAGAGACAUAUUGAAGAUUAUUAUGAGAAACAAAACAAAUCAUGAAGUUGUAAAUAUUCUGAGGAAAUUUUUUCCAAAGCAUAAAAUUAAAAAAAAAAAUUCUCACAUUUUAAAAUUAAUAAGAAACAAAAAAAGCAAGAAUGAAGUUGCAAAUUUUGGAAAAUUAGGUUGGGUAAAUUUAUGAUAUUACGAGAAUUAAGUCAUAAUAUUGCGAGAAAAGCGUGUUCUCUUAAAGGGAAUAAAUUGUCAUUUUAUGAACAUAAAGUCAGAAAAUAUGUCAUUUUUAGAGGCUAUAUACAGUAGUAAUAGGGACAUAUUUAAGAUUAUUAUGAGAAACAAAACAAAUCAUGAAGUUUUAAAUAUUCUGAGGAAUUUUUUUCCAAAGCAUAAAAUUGAAAAAAAAUAUUUUCUCACAUUUUAAAAUUAAUAAGAAACAAAAAAGCAAGAAUGAAGUUGCAAAUUUUGGAAAAUUUGGUUGUGGUUAAAUUUAUGAUAUUACGAGAAUUAAGUCAUAAUAUUGCGAGAAAAUGUGUUCUCUUAAAGGGAAUAAAUUGUCAUUUUAUGAACAUAAAGUCAGAAAAUAUGUAAUUUUUAGAGGCUAUAUACAGUAGUAAUAGAGACAUAUUGAAGAUUAUUAUGAGAAACAAAACAAAUAAUGAAGUUUUAAAUGUUGGAAAAAAGUUAUAAUAUUAUGAGAAUGAAGUCGAAAUAUUAUGGGAAUAAAUUAUUGAGAGGGGAAACCACAAAAAUGGAAAAGCCCAGGCAAAAAAAGGAGAAAAAUAUUGUAAUACGCUUUUUCACCUACAGUAUAUUACUAAGCUGAAAUGCAGGCUGUUUUUUUGUAAAAUAUAUAUAACAUCUUAUUAUACCUACAUGGAUUGGUACACCGAAUAUGAAAUAUCAUCUAUGAUUUUCUGCUAGAAAGGUUUGGAUAUCCUGUAGAAAAAACAAUAUUUAUGUACGUACUUAUACACUGUCGUCCGACUUGAACCUUGAACCUUAUAGUCCAACCUGUCAUUCCCUUACGUCCUCUUAUAUAAAUAGACAAUUUGAAUGUGCGUGUUAAUGAGUGUGCCUAUGCUGUAUCUGUAGGAAGUGUCAGCCAUUUUUUUAUCCCAACACUGGGAGGACAUCAGGAAACAGGGCAUGGACCAAUAAGAGCCCUGAGUUGCGUUGGCUUACAAGAGCUUCUCACCGUGAAUGAAAGCGUGUAGUCAGUAAGUAUACUGUACUUGUGUAUAUAUACUACAGUGUCAUACACCACCUACCAAGCCAUGUGUAACAGACACUAUAUACUGUAUGUAUUUAUAUCUAUAAAGGAUGUCGCUCAGCUUGUAUAACACACCAAUGAAAAUGUUUGCUUUUGUUGUAUGUUGUAUAUUUGUAAGCUAACGUUAGCGUAGUCCCUACAAAGUGACUCCCACAGCCUUUAGUCAUCUUCAGAUCACCCUAUAGAGUUUCUAUUGGAUUUAGGUCUGGGUUCUUCCAAUCCUUGUUUAUUUAAAUGUAUGCUACGGGCUAUUCUUUUGAAAAAAUGGGCCAAUUCUACUCAUCUGCAGCAGACAGAGCUUAUUGAAAUGUACAAUAGUCGAAAUAUUUUGACAUCAGUGUUUCCCACAGGACUGUAAUCUAUUUGUGGUGUAGCCACGGAAUUCGCACAAUUGGCAAUGACGUAUAAAUCAUAAGACUAGAGUAGAAGAGCAGUGAUUCUCAAUUGGUGGGUCUUUGCCUGGGCAAAAUAAUAAUAAUAAUAAACAACAAACAAUAAUAAUAAUGAUAAUAGGGCUGCAUGGUGGUCGAGUGGUUAGCGCGCAGACCUCACAGCUAGGAGACCAGGGUUCAAUUCCUCAAUUCCACCCUCGGCCAUCUCUGUGUAUAGUUUGCAUGUUAUUCUUGUGCAUGCGUGGGUUUUCUCCAGGGUGUACCCCGCCUCUCGCCCGAAGACAGCUGGGAUAGGCUCCAGCAACCCCCACGACCCUUGUGAGGAAAUGUGGUAGAAAAUGAAUAAUAAUAAUAAUAAUGUACUGAUCUGAUGUCCUUGUCAAGCUUGAGUUGGGGGUGAAUGACAUCAAAUGGGGAUGUCCAACCUACACCCAGCUGCAGAUAUCUGCUGGAGAAGAGCACGUCGUAAAUAGAGAGGCAUUAUCUUCCGUUGUGUUGCAGUCUAUUUAAAUCGGGGGUGUCCAAAGUUUUUCCCACUGAGGCCUGCAUAUUCAAAACCCAAAGGAUGCGGGGCCACUUUUACAUGUUUUGAAAACCAAUCCAUUUCCUGUCGAUAUGCAAAGACGUUUUUCAUAUUUAAAGAAACAACAGCCAGCAUCUCAGAUUUGUUAUUUGUGUCAGAGCAUAUUAUUAGUCAAAAAUGUGCACUUUUUUGCUGUUUUUCUCAUACCUUUUUUCAUGCAAUAUUACAUAUUUAUUCUCAUAUUUGGACUUUAUUAACUGAAAUUUCCUAAAAUUGCAAUUUUAUGUUUUUUUCUUUUUUUAUAAAAUGUAUAAAUUUUUCUAAUAUUACUUGCUUAAUAGUUAAAAUUACUGCAAUUUUUCCCCCAUUUUGUUGUUUUUUUUAAUGUUCUUGUUCAUUGGUAUUUUUAGACUGUACCUAGGUCAGUUUACAAAAAUGGUGCUUUGGACAGCCCUGCUUUAAAAAUAAGAUAUCUGGUAGACCGCUUCCCAUUAAGGGGGAUCCUGCAGCCAAACCAGUUGAGAACCGCUAAUGUAGCAAGUCUUAAUACUUGCUAAAGUUGGCAACACUGAUCCCCUUCUACUUUGUCUUCUUAUCCUUUUGUACACCAUGUGCGUUAGAUUUGGUUUAUGAUCUCGGGCGAACAUGUAUUUGUGGCAGUCCUAAUGUAUUUGUGGCGGGCCACCGCCAAUGGGAAACACUGGUAUUGAAAACAAAGGAUGUGAAUACAAACCAAUACUAGCACUAUCUAGGGUAUUGUUUUGAAAGCUGACUUCUAUUUUUGUCCAACUACAGUAGGAACCCUGCAGGAAGUCAUAGGUCAAAGGUCAUAUCAAUAUUGUUUUUUUUUCCAUCUUGUCUUGCAGGGACUAUACAUUUACUUUAGAAGUUUGUAUUUGCCGCUUAUGCUGGAGUGUUUUUUUCUUUGGUAGGUGUUUUUUGGAGCUUGACUUGCUCUUUAUGAAGUCAUUGUACUCUAACCACUUUGUACAUACAGUACUCUGUAGUACUCUGUAGUACUCUGGUUCUUCCAUACUGCUAUUUAACAAGCUGAGGUUUAUUGGUGGGCAACACAUGCUGUGUUUGUGUGUAGUUGUGUGUGUGUGCAGUGACAUGUGUACCUAUGAGUGUUACGUACAUACAUGUACACGUGUUACAUACAUGACUGUUUUACGUGGUACUUCACAACGCUGAGUUGAUGUUGCUGCAAUAAGAGAAGGGCGAGUGUGUUUUUUUUUUUUUUGGACCAGCCCACUGGAGUCAAUGCUCAUCACAACUUUUCUGCACCUUAGAAUCGUCUUUUUUAGGCAAAAAUGUACUUCCUUCUUUUACAAAAGCAAAUAAGACUUUAUGAGAAAAACAUGUUUUUACUUUUCUUACUACUUUAGUCCACAUAACUUUUAUUGUGCUGGCUGUGAGCUAAUAACACUGGUGUCAUGUCCGACUGUAAUUAUUCAAUGAACGAGGGCUUGCUACUUUAGUAUUACUUGCUUGCUACGUCCACCCUGGCAAUAACCAAGACUGCUGUACGAUGGUGAAUGUAUCAUAUUCAUUCUUUUAUCGUUGAAAUCAAUGGUUCUCAACAUGUCAAGUUCCCCCUGUGGAAUAUUUUGUUCAGAAUAUCUGAUUUUAUUGUCUAAAACUGUGUAAACAUCUGUAAACUAAUUCUGAGAUUUUGAGAAUAAAGUAGAAAAUUUAUGAGGAAAAAUUUUGUAAAUUUACAAGUCAUAAAGUCAUCAAAAAAGUCAUACAUGAUAAGAAAAAGUCGUAUAUUUACGAGAAAAUAAGUUGUAAUUCUCUGUGAAAAGGGCGUUCAUUUACAAGUAUAAAGUCGUACAUUUACGAGAAUAAAAUCGUAAUUUUUACAAGAAAGAAGUUGACAAGAAAAAAAUAUAAAGUCGUAAAAAAAAGGCAUACAUUUAUGAGAAAAAGUUGUACGUUUACAAAAAUAAAGUUUUAAAAAAAGACGAAAUAUUUCAAGAAUGAAGCUGUAAAUGUAUAAAGUCGAAACAUUCCGAGAAUACAUUUGCGGGAAAAUAGUUGUAAAUGUAUGUGAAAAUAUUAGCAAAUUUACAAGGAAAAAAUUGAACAUUUAUGACAAUAAAGUCGUACAUUUGCAAGAAGUUGUACAUUUACGGCAUUUAAGUAAUUUGUUUACACGAAAAAAAACUGUACAUUUACGAGAAUAAAGUUUAAACAUUCUGUUAAUGAAGAAAUACAUUUUCUCGAAAAAGUUGUACAUUUAUGAGAAAAUAGUUGAAAUUUGACAAGGAAAAAAGUCUAACAUUUAUGACUAAGGUUGUAAAUUUACGAGAUUUUUUUUUAUUUCAAUAGAAAACAGUUGUAAAUUUACAGGGAAAAAUACAGUCUUAAUUUUCUGAGAAAAGGGCUUGAAAUAUGUGAAAAAAAUAUAUAUGUUUACAAGAAAAAAAAAGUUGUAAUAUAAUGAGAAAGUCACAAAUUCAUGAGAAAAAUGUUGUACAUUUACGAAAAAAGUCUUAAAUUUACAAUAAAAAGUGAGAAAAAAAGUUUAAAAUUUUUACAGUAGGAAAAAAAGUAAAAAGUAAAAUAAAGUUGUAAUUAAAUUACAAAAAAAUAGUAGUAUUUUAAGGAAAAAGUAAUACGUUUACGAGAAAAAAGUAAAAAAAGAUUAAAAUGGUGUACAUAUUUGAGAAUUUUGUCAUGAAUUUACAACUUUUUUCUCUUGGUACUUCUUUUUGUACAUUUUUGAGAAGAAAGUUGUAAAUUUACAAGAUUUAUUCCAGAAAGUUUGCGACUUUAUUUUCAGAAAUUUAUGACUUUUAUUCUUGUGAGUUUACGAUUUUUAUUCUCCAAAAUGUCUGACUUUAUUCUAGUAAAUUUACAACUUUAUUCUCAUAAAUUAAUGACUUUUACUCUCAUAAACGUAUGACUUUUUUUUCUCAUGGAUGCACAACUUUAUUCUCAAAAUCUCUUUUUUUGUGUGUUUUUCACGAUGGCACUUAUACUCCGUCAUAUUAGUGGUCUUGAAGUAAAAAAUACAUAUACAAUUAUUUAAUAAUAAUGCUCUGUGGAUAAAAUGAUUUAUACAUUUGCUUUUCUGUAUUAUUGUCAUUUUUGUCAUUGUUUCUAUUUUUACAAGGGGGUAAACUUACUACCAAAUCAGCAGGGGACCAAAUAUUUUUCCCCACUGUAUAUAUUUGAAUAUCUCAAGUACCCCCUGGAGUGCCUUCAAGUACCCACAGGGGUACUAGUACCCGCCCGCCCCACUAUUUGAGAACCAGUGAUUUCAAGCACAGCUUUGUAACACAGUACUCCUUCCGAGGAGAAUUAGGACCAAGCUGAAAAGAAGUAUACGGUACUCAUUUGAAUAUUACAAGAAUGAAGUCAUCAUUUGCAUUUCAUGACUCAUCAAAAAGUGCUGUUUAGUAUUUUCUUGUAAGAUUCCUUUAGUAAUAUACGACCUAAAAGCUCAUAACUACAACUCUAUUUGUAUAUUAAUAUGACUUUAUUCUUUGAGUUGUACAGUAAUCCCUCGUUUAUCACGGUGAAUUGGCUCCAAAUACCAUGAAAAGUGAAUUCCUAAAAUAUGAAUGGAAUAUAGAAAAGCCUGUUUAGGACCAAUAUUAUUACCAAUAUAGUAGACAUAAUCCAAGAAUAUAAGCCAUUUAAGACGUAAAUAAGACCGUGUUGCUAUAAAUGUGUUCCAGAUGUGAGGAGGACAGGAAGUGAGUUUUAGCUUUUUAUUAUUAUUAUUAUUAUUAUUGUGCCUGAUAUGAGAUCAUUCAAAGCUGCAAUAAAAAGUCACAAUAAAGUAACAUUACUGCCACCUAGUGACCAGUGUAUAAUACUACACAACAACGCGUAUUUGAAUGUGUCUUUUGAAUGCCUUGCAUUUGUAUUUUAGUUCAUUUAACCAUUUUGAUGCUUCAAAGUGCUUCAAUAAGCAAGAAAAUAAGCAAACAUUUGUGUCAAUAUGAUAAUAAUAGCCAAAACGUGAUAGCGUUGUACGUUUAUGAAAAUAAAGUUUUAAACAAAGACAAAAUAUUUCAAGAAUUAAGUUGUAAAUGUAUAAAGUUGAAACAUUCCGAGAAUACAUUUAUGGGAAAAUAGUUGUAAAUGUAUGUGAAAAUAUUUGCAAAUUUACGAGGAAAAAAUUGAACAUUUAUGCCAAAAAAAGUAAUUUGUUUACACGAAAAAAAACUGUAAAUUUACGAGAAUAAUGUUUAAACAUUCUGUUAAUGAAGAAAUACAUUUUCUCGAAAAAGUUGUACAUGUAUGAUAAAAUAAUUGAAAUUUGACAAGGAAAAAAGUCCAACAUUUACUACAAUAAGGUUGUAAAUUUACGAGAAUUUUUUUAAAUAUUUCAAUAGAAAAUAGUUGUAAAUUUACAGGGAAAAUAUAUGAGAUAAUUCAAAGCUGCAAUAAAAAGUCACAAUAAAGUAACAUUACUGCCACCUAGUGACCAGUGUAGAAUACUACACAACAACGCGUAUUUGAAUGUGUCUUUUGAAUGCCUUGUAUUUGUAUUUUAGUUCAUUUAACCAUUUUGAUGCUUCAAAGUGCUUCAAUAAGCAAGAAAAUAAGCAAACAAUAAUAUAAUAAUAAUAUAAUAAUAAUAAUAGCCAAAACGUGAUAGCAUGAAGCUUUGAAAUUUCAACCGCGAUGUAGCGAGGGACGACUGUAUUUCUUUUUUUUCUUUCCAGUGUGGCCCUAAAACUGGUUUCUAUACUUUUAUGAAGUUAUUGUUGUGCUCAACAAAUUGACCGAGUUUCCCUCACUGUGAAAAGCAAUAGCAGAUGAGAUGGUUUGCAAAUCCUGGUGUGAGUUUUUUUUUGGGGUCCAUGAUGUGUUCCUACAUUGAUCCACCAUUCUCUUCAUUUACUCGGGAUAAUAAUUAUGGAUAACAAUCAUAGAAACACGGUCCACAUUUCAUUUUUAAAGCUGACUUCUGUGUCCGUUUUGGCUUUUUUGCUUGUUUACGUCUUUUGUAUGGCUAUGUUGUUAUUAUAUAUAGUAUAAUAUAAUAAUUUAUUAUAAUGUACGGUAGACCCAAAUGACAAACAUUCAAUGUUUCACGAGAUCGGUGUUAUGGCCGAACACACAAAACACCCCAUUUUGUUGAAGGGGGCGCAUUGUUGGCAAAUGCGACAAAUGUGAGACAUAAAAGAAUCAAGUCAUUACUAAUAAUAUAUUUUUUACGCUAAAAAAUAUCUUAAUAAAAAUAUCUGUGUGAUCAUUCAUAAAAUGUGUAAUUCAAAACUUCAUGUUCAAAUUUCCAAACAUUAUUAUUUUUUUAUUAUUAUAUUAUUUUUUUUUUAUUUUAUAUUUUAUUAUUAUUUUUAUUAUUUUUUUUAUUUCUAAUAUUUUUAUAAUAUUUUUUAUUAUUUAUUAUUAAAUAUUAUUAUAUUUAUUAUAUUUAUUAUUAUUAUUAUUAUUAUUAUUAUUAUUAUUAUUAUUAUUAUUAUUAUUAUUAUUAUUAUUAUUAUUAUUAUUAUUAUUAUUAUUAUUAUUAUUAUUUACCUUCAUAGCUUAAGUCCCAUUAAAUCAAAUAUCAGCCACAUCAGCUAGCCUUGAUGGAUUGAUGACAAGCUUUUUGUCCUUUAGUGCGACACAUCAUAACUACUCAAUGGCCGACCAUCCUCAUACAUAUAUGGCAUGAGAACUGCUGACUCAGCAGACGAGAAAGUGCCUGUCUGAUUCCUGGUCUGGUGCCACAGUGGGAGUCAUGCGUGAGUUAUCGUGUUACCCCUGCAGCUUUGUCAGCCAUUUCUUUCGUUUGCAGCCAUUCCUCCCGUGUUGCCUGUGGAUCGUGUGACCCCAAAUGAACACACUUAAAGUGACCCCCAAAACCAAAUCUCAUUAUAAUGCCACUAGAUUUGUAACAUUGAUAUUAAAUAGUUUCCUUCAUCUGCUGUUACUUUGUGGGUGAUUUUUUGUGUGUGUGUGAGUGUGUUACACAAUACAUGAAAUGUGCUUUGCCAUAUCCUAAAUAUAUUCCACUUGCUGGAGCACAAUGAUAUCCAUCAUUAAAUAAGGAAUCGAAUGUCUGUGCUUUACGCCUGCAAAUGGAUGGCUUUGUUUUUCUUUUGAUGUGCUAGAUACUGUAGAUUUUUACUAUAUUUUGUACAGCAUCACGUUGGCAUAGUUUUACUGUGAAUAAAAGUAUUUCUAGAGCAAUGUAGGCAUGCCUUUUGGAUUGACAGAAGGAAGACGACGACAACAAUGAUUUGGGUUUUAUUUAUUUUUCCAUUGUAUAACUAUGGAUACAUUUAUCUGUUUUUUUUUUUUUAAGUUGAAGGAAUUGUCUUUUACAUUCCUAAUUAAAAUGUAG